AUGAAGACACUGAGCCUGUGGACACUCCUCCUUGCUUCAGCCUGGACGGAAGACCAGGACAAAGUGGUGCAUGGCAGACCCUGCCACCCGAACUCCCACCCCUUCCAAGCAGCUCUCUUCAACUCUGGCCACUUGAUCUGUGGCGGGGUCCUGGUGGACCAGCAGUGGGUGCUCACAGCGGCCCACUGCAAAAAACCGCAACUCCAGAUCUACCUGGGGAAGCACAAACUCCAGCAUCAGGAGCGCUCCGAGCAGCAGGUCCACGUGGCCCGCAUGGUCGUGCACCCCAACUACAACCCCAGAACCCACGACAAUGACCUCAUGAUGCUGCGUCUGGCGCACCCUGUGAAAAUCUCUUCUCGGAUACAGCCAGUGACGAUGGAGACCAACUGCUCAGCCCAGAAGUCCAGCUGCCUCACCCUGGGCUGGGGCAAGACAGAAGAAGGUGUUUUUCCUAACACCAUUCACUGUGCCAACGUCCACUUGGUGCCUUGGGCAGACUGUGAGCGUGCCUACCCUGGCAAGAUCACCCGGAGCAUGGUGUGUGCCAAAAAUGACGAGGAAGGUUCGGAUUCCUGCCAGGGUGAUUCUGGAGGCCCCUUGAUAUGUGACAAACGCCUCCGGGGCAUUGUAUCUUGGGGUGACUUCCCCUGUGGAUCAAAGAACAAACCAGGAGUCUACACUGACAUCUGUGUGCACGUCAAAUGGAUAAAGAAUGUCAUCGGCUCAAGCAGCCCAUGCUUGUGA